AUGGCGACAGAGACGCUACCGUUUGUUGUAAAGAGAUACAUAUUUGUUUUCAUUAUACUGUUUCUAUAUUUUAGUCCAGCUAUUUGCCAGCAGUAUAUAAUUCCUUUCCAAGAUCCUUCAGAUUGCAGUUUGGACGAAUUUUUCGACAUAUCCACUUUGUCGUGUGUUAGCUGUGGUGAAAAUCAACAACGUAGCGUCGCAGGGCUGAGCUGCAUCUGCCUAAGUGGAUUCCGCACAGUCACAACUGACCUGACGUCAAUUGCUUGUGAAGCCUGUCCGGAAGACAAACCUGCUAUAACUCAAGAUGGUUUUGGUUGCAUUCGCUGCCCAGGCAGUAUUAGUGAUGAGGGCCAGUGCCAGUGCCCUGCAAGACAUAUCCUUGUGGAGAGGGAUGUCAGUGGAAACCUUUUGGAUGAAGCCAAAUGCGAGAUGUGUAAUGGAAAUGGAUCUUCUUUGUCAGUGCCAAACAGCAGCGGGAACAGGUGCGAAAGAUGUCACGCUUCCUUCAUUAAAAGCUCCUGUGCGUGUAACCAUCCUUCUGUGCUGGCAGGAGGUUUGUGUAUUCCACCUGGCAGCCUUUCCACUAAUGUCAAUCCCAGUGUAAAUUUUGCUCAGUUGAAAUUGAGCAUCAUUUCCGCCUGGUUCCUCAAAAAUCUCUACUCAUCCGCAGCAGCCUGUCUUAGUUUCUCCAACCUAACAGCGUGCCAGGCCCUCGGCAACAUGUGUGUGAUGAACAUGCACUCCUUCAGCGGCUUGAGUGUCGAUGCCUGCGGCCUCUUUAACACUGUGUUCAGAUCACAAGCUGCGUUUAGCGCCACUCAAGACAUUUCCUACUGGAGAAAUAAUCUACCUUGGCUUUACUAUGGUGAUGAACCAGGAUUGGCAAAUCGAGUCCUUCAGUCAGAUCCAGUUCCAGUUAGCUUCAUUUUCAGAGGUCCAAAAAAGAACACGGACAUUAAGCUGCUGGCUGCCGUUUAUAAUGUUAGAGGCGAGUUCCUUCGAUGGGAAAACAUAGGAGGGUCGAAUCUCCAGAUUUGUCCAGAAACACCAAUCAGACGAUCAUCAGCUUUCAGUUUUGGCACCGCUUACCAAGAAAGUUGUGAUCUUUCAGUAGCUGAACUGCUGCGUACACAUCCCCAACCGCUUUUUUAUGAUGUGUUUCUGGACCUCGGUGGAGAAGAGAGCAGAAAACUUCUGCCCUUGCCUACGUUGGUUUUAAACCAACAAUUCAAUGGAAAAUUAGUCAACCAAGGUGAGGUUGGUGUUUGUGUAUUUGCAUGUGAUUGUCUUAUACUGUAUGUUGUGCUUCCAUGCACAGAGAGCAUGAAUAACUGGUACCUGUCACGACGUAUGUUUCUUGUCGACGUGCUGAGCGGCAGAGAGAAAAGCGCAAGCGUCCUUCCUAAAGUCAUUCGUGUUGCCAACUCUGUCAAAAUAAGGUUCCAGUUAGUUCCAAACACAGAACAGGGUCAUGUGUUCCCCCCACUGAUGACUGUGGAGUACAAGGAUGUACUGAUCACUGAUAUCAACACACAAACUGUUUCUAUGAGUUUUGCUGUGGAAUAUGAAAUGGAUCAAAAUGAUGCUCAUCUCAAGACAGAUACUGCUCUUGGUGUGUUGGCUGGUUUGGCUGUCCUCUUGUCUGUGCUCAAAACAGUCAGCUGGAAGAGGAGGAUCGCCUCACCUGUCGUCGACUUGAGGACCUUGUUGAUGUUUUUCUUGUUUUACGCUGGAGAUCUGGCCAAUGUUUUCCUUGCCGUCACUGUAGGAACUGGACUCUAUUGGCUCAUUCUUUACAAGGCCCAACAACAUGCCUCAGUGUUAUUGCCGCUCCCUCAUCAAGAGGAGCGCUUUGUGACUUACAUCAGUUGUGCCUUUGCUCUCAAGGCAGUGCAAUUCCUCCACAAACUACUCGUGCAGUUAUCUGUGGAUGUCUUCUUCAUUGACUGGGAAAGGCCACGCAGUAAAGUAAGCAAGACUGUGGCAGGUAAUGGCCAGCAGAAACGUGAUCCCUCACCUAUUAGCAUCUGGAGGACCUACUUCGUAGCUAAUGAGUGGAAUGAGAUCCAGACCAUACGCAAAAUUAAUCCAACAUUUCAAAUAAUGGCAGUGCUCUUCUUCCUGGAGGUCUUGGGUUUCUCAGACUUAGCCCUGAGAGACCCUUGGCCAACUCUACAGCGCCGUCCACAGGUGUACACGCCUCCAUACAGCCUGACCAUGCGCUACGGUCUCUCGGCAACACUGUGGCUAUGCAUUGGUCUUCUGCAGGUGAUUUUCUUCACUGUUUUCUAUGAGCAUUUCAUGGAGGACAAAAUCCGUCAGUUUGUGGAUCUGUGCUCCAUCAGUAAUAUUUCUGUGUUGCUCCUACCCCAGCGCUGUUUUGGCUACUACAUCCAUGGUCGCUCUGUGCAUGGUCAUGCUGAUACAAACAUGGAGGAAAUGAACAACAAUCUAAGGAGAGAAGCUGAGUCACUCUGUGGCCAAAGAGGUCUUCUGCCUAACACGGAUAUGCAGACCUUCCAGGUGGCCCUUUCUUGUCGACUGCGCUCGCAUUACGACAGGAUACGGGACUCUUUCACCAGGCGGCAUGGACCAUCAAGACUUAUGGACGCGGCCUCAUUCAACCAGUCAGACCAAAACAUCCGGGCCUACCACACCAUGAACCACUUCUUGGGAUCAGUCAUAGAUCAUGCACACCCUGACAUGGACUACAUUGUGAGAGACAAACUGGCAUUGGAGCGGGUCAUGGGUAUGGAGUUCCUUGAACCAAAUGACAAGAGCAUCUUUUAUAAUGAUGAAGGUCACUCCUUCAGUGAUGUCCUCUUUUAUGGAAAUGAGGGCACCCUGUUGAUUUUUGAUACCUUGUACUUCUGCAUCGUUGACCUUGCUUCUCAGAACUUCGUACUCGCUGCUGUGCUUACAUACUUACAGCAAAUGAUCUUUAAAAGGAUUCGAAAUUCUAUCGGAAGGAGAAACCUUGUCAACAAAACUCUGGUGGAUGACAGAUUUCUCAUAUGA